AUGUUCUUGCCGCUUCCAGGGGACAAACCAAUAAUGUCAUGGACAACUGUUUUAAGAUCAUGCUCUUCUAACGUACGAAACUCGUUACGAUAUCUACAAAUGGGUACUUGCAUUGCCGAAAAGGGACUCUUUGGUGAGGAAUUGCUAAAGCAUCCAUCUGGAUUCAAAUUACUCAAUGAAAAGGUCAGGAAACGCUCUUUCGAAUUGGUUGAUAAGAUUGUCAAUCGAAAGUGUGAGAAGAAAGUUGUUGAAGUUUUUGAUGAUUUAUCAAAUGAAAUAUGUAGCGCUGCGGAUUUGGCCGAGUGCGUUCGAAAUAUGCAUUCGGUUGAAGAAUUUAGCGCAGCAGCGCAAGAAAGUAUGAAGGAUUUCACGGAACUUGUAGAAAGUUUAAAUACCAGAUCUGAUUUGUACAAAGCACUGAAAGACUCUAUAGAAGCAGAAAGCAGUUCUUUAACAGAUGUUGACAAACGUACAGCUUUGUUAUUCCUCGAUGAUUUUGAGCAGGCUGGUAAAUGUGAAUACGUGAGGCUUAGCAAAGAGAUCUUCAUGGUUGGUUCACAAUUUACGCAUGGUGCCGAACUACCUGUUACAGUUGCUCCAUUUUAUAGUAAGAUGUAUAGAGUAAAACGACAUCUGUAUAGUCCGAAUACACUUGCAGUUAGCCGUACUACCAGACAGUGGUCUUAUGCCACCUAUUAUUCAUACAAUGAAGAUCAAGAGAAGCGCUUACGCCGUCUGAUUACUUGUCGACAUUUGCUGGCUCGACUUACUGGUUACCAAUCCUACGCUCACCGUGUUCAGCAAACAUCGUUGCUCGGUUCAUAUGAAAACGCUCAUGACUUUUUGAUUGAAUCAUGUCAACCAUCAGCUGAACAGGAGUUAGCGGUACUGGCUGAUGUUUUAGCUCAGGUUGAAUCGAAACGCGAACAUUUGUGCGAAUCUGAUUUAACAUAUCUUUGUAUGCUAUAUCGUGAGAAUGCUUUUGGCCAGUUACAACAUCUUUCCAGAUAUUUCUCGUUUAACAGUCUUUUAAGAGGAUUCGAAUUAAUUACAAAGCGGCUGUAUAAUGUCUCCUUUUCGGUUCUAACACCUGUUAUUGGUGAAGUUUGGCCAGGGAAUGUUAUUAAGAUUGAUGUUUUUCAAGACAGCAGCCAGUUUUUGGGAACAAUUUAUAUUGAUAUUCAAGAACGACAGACGAAAACAACGGGCGACUGUCAUUUCACUGUUCGUUGCUCCAAGCAGUUAGAUGAUGGUUCGUACCAAACACCAAUAGUUGUUUUAUCACUGUCAUUAACGAAAGGAUUGGAAAGCAUUGAGAAUAUUUAUCUGAGCCCCCAUCAAGCCGAAAAUUUUUUUCACGAAAUGGGUCACGCGAUGCAUUCAAUGCUUGCUCGCACUCAGUACCAACAUGUUGCUGGAACUCGUUGUUCAACUGACAUGGCUGAAGUCCCAUCUAAUCUGAUGGAAUAUUUUUUCAAUAACAUUGAUGUCUUGCGCGAAAUAGCAAAAGAUAAUCACGGACGGUCAAUAAGUGUUGAGGAUGCUGCUUCUCUCAUAACAUCACGAUUCGCUUUCACAUCCUUGGAAAUGUUACAGCAGGCUGUAUACAGUCUUUUUGAUCUUGAAGCCCAUGGUGGCAAUGCUGAGGGUAUAAUGAAUGGUCGAGUUUCAACAGCCGAUUUAUAUACGUCAAUUUGGUCGGUAGUUUUUCCAAAUGUCAAAAAAGAGACAAAUUCCGCAUGGCAUCAUCGAUUUGCACAUUUAGUACCUUACGGUGCAAAGUACUAUUCUUAUUUGGUAGCAAGAGCUACGGCUUCGCUAAUUUGGAACACCAGGUUUCGUGAUUGUCCGUUUUCCAAGGAGAGCGGCCUUGCUUGGGCAAAGGUGCUAUCAAAAGGUGGUUCGUUACCUUCAGCCGAUCUGUUGAAUUCAGCUCUUGGUUAUUGGCCAACAGUACAGAAUUUAGCAACGGCACUAAAAGAGGAAGCUAAUCAAACUUGCCAGCGUUCAGCCGUCAGUAUAUAG